GAUCCCCAACCACGCUCGCCAACCGCACGGCACCCGCGGCCCUCACCGCUCGACACCCACACGAUCCCCAACCACGCCCCGCCGCUCACCACCCGCACGGCCCCGCCGCUCCGUACAAGCGGCUGCGCGGCCGAGGCAGCAGCCGUCGUCCCGGCCGCCACCCAAGAACCUCUGCAGAACUACCAGCGCGGGCCGUCCCCCAGGCUCCGCGACUACGAUGGCGGCGACGAACAAGGUUCGCCAGGGAGGCGAGGCCCUGCUGGCGUGCCCAGCCGCCACCACCAGGGCCGCGGGCUGCCGAUGGGCUCAGCCGGGCGGCGGCCGCCCGGGGGCAUCCAGCAGCGCACCGCCGGCAGACAUGGCCCACUCGCCCGUCGCUCUGCGGUGGGAGGAGAAGUUCGACGACGAGGUGGGGUACAGGGACUACGACGAGGAGGAGGAUGAGGAGGGGGAGGGGAGAUUCACUGGGGGGACACGGUCGGGCGGGGCCAUGCCCAUGCCGCCCGCUGGCUUCGUCCUCGACGACCAGGGUUGGUGCAUCGCUGCCGCCUCCAAGCACAUCGUCACCAUCCUCAGAGGUUCAGAAAAUUUCCACUCAUCAGCAUUUGCAGCAUCUGAGGUAUUUUUUGUCACAUUUUCAUAUUUACUUCAACACUUGAGUGUUUACAUGUAUCAAGUUUCUUCAAUUGUUCACGGACUAUGGGAUGUAGGUUCUUUUUACCUAAUUUUACAAUAUGUAAUUUGUUUCCAUUGUUGUGUAUUACAUUAUGUAUCUUUGUUAUGCGUUUGUAUAUUUUCUGCAUAUUGUGGAUCCAAAUUUUACAAGGAAUCCUGUGUGAUGCUGAAUUUAUUCAUGUGAUGCAGAAUGUGAGAUUGUUGCAAGGCACUAGUAGUCAUGGUUUUGGGUACCGGGCGGAAUAUUCGGAUACCGCCCGGUUACCGCGUUUCUCGCCACCCCACGAGAAACCUACAUACCGAGCGAAUUCUUUUGAAUUUUUUCGAAUUUAAGCUCUGGUACUUAGGUUAGAUACUUUAGGAACUCGUUCCAAACAGACAGCGAGCAGUGGCGUAGUGGUCAGUGUGUCCUUCCUAGCUUUUCUAAGGUCUUGAGCUCGAGUACCAUUGUUGCUCGUUUUUUUAAACAAUUUUUAUGAUAAAAAGAAAGAAGCUGUGAAAAUAAUUGUUGCUGUGGCGAUUCGAUCUUGCAACCUCGAGGAAAUAGUUAUACAUACAUGACCUAACCACUGCGCCAGGCUGCUGCUAGUGACAAAAUUGAGUCCAGAACUAAUCUAUACAAUAUUUAAAAAAAUUGAAUUCAAAUUUCGUCCGAAUUUUUUCCGGGAUUUCACGGUUACCGCGGUAACCGAGAAUUUCGGUGGCCCGCGAGAAAAAAUGUGCACUUGGGAUCCAAAUCCUUGCUAGUAGUUGGGGCGCCACCCUGUGGCGCCGCUUUAAAGAAAGUUGUGAGCACGUUUUUAUUUUAAAAAAAUACAUAGAGUCCCUGCCUCCAUCUAAAACAACACCUCAAAAAAAAUCCUCACCUUCAUCUAAAACAAGUAAAAACAAAAAACAAAAAAUUACCACAACAGUCUACCAGCGAGUGCCACUUUGCAUAACCCUCCGUUUAAAAAAUAUCAUAAGUCCUCAUCUCCAUUAAAAAAUACAUUUAAAAAAUAAUCCACACCUUCAUCUAAAAAAUUACAAAAGAUUUCUCACCGCGGCCAACCAGCUUGCGCCACGUGGCAUAGCUGGUUGGCCGCCCUUCACGCGUAGCUUAAUAGUUUUAGUGGAUAAAAUUUUUUAUGAGGAAAACAGACCAGGUGCUUUAUUUGUUUGUCUGAUAUGUAUAAGUACAUGUUUAUUAUAUUGUUAUCACUAUUGAUUUUGAGACUUGAGCAAAGAGUUUGCGUCAUUGGUACUUCAGCAACAGAGUUACAAAUGAUGAGUCUUACAGUACUGUACGAACAACUUUGGGGUACAAGCUGUACACAUAGGUUUGCCAAAACAAUAUCACUAUUGCAUGUAUGCGUUGAUUACCACAUGAUAGUUACCUUGCUCUAAUGCUAGCUGGUGUUCUAGAGCUAUAUAUACAUCUAUAGGCACUCCAACUUAUUUAUACAAUUUCCGUUUGCUUAUAAUCUAUAUUAUGUUUGGCUUGCUACUAUGGUCUGGAGUGAUGUUUGUUUGUUCGUUUCUAAGCAAGCAGAUAAAUGACAGUCUAUCAAGUAUCUUACUAUUCAUACAUUGUGACUAAUAUUUUAACUUUUUUUGGCUGAUAUUCUCAGAGGUGUAGCAUGCAAAGCUUAAUAAAAUGGAUUGGGAUUUCAGAGUUGAUCUGUGAAUUGGAUUGUUACUUGGGUCAAUUGAUGGUAGCUUGGGUCAACUGAUUGUUACUUGGGUCAAUUGACUAUACUCGCAUGCAAUGUCGGAAGCAGAUGGGUCUCCCAACAAGGGGUUAAAGGCAAAAUCAAUAAAUGCUCAAACAAAUAAUGUCAGAAGAACACUUAGUUGGUAAUUUGUUGAUGAGCUGUGGGAUCACACAAAGUGUGAUAGAGGUGUACGCAGAGUCACAGACAUGGGUCAGCCUAUGUAGUUCUUGUGUCACAUAUCUGUUCUAAAAUAGUAAUUUGAGCUAAAUUCCGUUUUAUCAAUUUUGACUUCCGAGAAUUCUGAAGCCCGAUCUCAGUCUGUUACUUAAUUUGUAGUUGGCAGUUUUUAAUGGGGUUGUUGUUUGGUUUCUUCAAACAACUAUUCUGAACUGAAGCAUGCAUUUCUAAAGAUUGUUACAAUAAUGA